AUGGCCCUGGAAAAGACCGAAGCGUUGUUGGUCACAGACAGACGUGGUUAUAAAUCCCCACAAAUCGUGAAAGACGAAUUCGAAGUCAAGUGGAGGAGACAGAUUAAGUACCUAGGUGUGGAAUUAAAUGGAAGGUUAAACAUCCAUCACCACAUGGCUACGGCGUUAAACAAGGCGAUAGAGUGUGCGGCUAAUUUAGCACGAGUGAUGCCAAACGUUGGAGGCCUCAGUGAGAAGAAGAUGAGACUAGUGGCAAGUGUCGCCCACGCUAAGUUUCUUUACACAGCACCAGCGUGGGCCCCCUCCCUGAGAACGAAUAGAUUAUCCACGAGUGCUGUGCAGGUCCUUGCAAGUGUCCCUCCAGCAGGUCUUUUGGCGCUUGAGAGGGAGGAAAUUAUCCUCCUUCUCAAAGAGGCAAAUUCUUCGGAAGAGAAAGAUCGACCCAGCAAGGACUGCAUCCGCGUCGAAGCAAGGCACAAGCUCGUCGAAAAAUGGCAUGAAAGAUGGGAUGUGGUGGUAAAACGUCGAUGGACAUAUCACCUUAUACCGACACUCGUCACCUGGUUAAGUAGGAACCAUGACAAGGAUCAAUUAAGGAUUAGACCAUGA